AUAAAAAUCAAAUCCAUUUUGACUCUUUUUCUUUCGCUGCCUUGUUUUCCUCUUUGACAAUGGAGGAACAAAUAUUAGCUUCUCAUUCAGCUGCUGCUUCUGCUACUCAGCACGAUCUAUCGGCUUCAGCUGCUUCUAGUGGAGCUCGCUACAAGCUGGUGGCUCCGGCUAAGCUACCGAUCUCAAGGUCGGCUUGUAUUACGAUUCCACCUGGGCUUAGUCCUUCUUCUUUCUUGGAGUCUCCUGUUCUUCUUUCAGAUGUUAAGGCAGAGCCUUCACCGACUACUGGUUCUCUCAUUAAGCCUCAGGCAGUGCAUGGCUCUGUUAAUUCUAGUACAUAUUCAGUGACUGCUGCGUGUUCUAAUGCUUUUGAUGAAAGAAAUCCAAGCUGCUUUGAGUUUAGACCCCAUCCUAGAUCAAAUCUGGCACCUGCAGAUUUAAACCAUCAUAGAAGCGAACAAUCUCUGCAGAUCCAAGGUCAAUACCAGACUAUAUCAUAUAAUUCAUCAGCUUUGGUUAAGAGCGAGAUGGCAGGCUCCUCAAAUGAGUUGAGUCUCUCGGUACCAUUUCAUACAGCUACUUCUGUGGCUAGUGCUCCUGUUGAAGUCGAUGUAGACGAAUUAAACCAGAGUGGGAACUCAAAUAGUGGGAUGCAGUCAGGGCAGACUGAUCAUAGAGUAAGUGGCUCAUCCACGAUAUCAGAUGAUGGAUACAACUGGAGAAAGUAUGGACAGAAACAUGUUAAAGGAAGUGAAUUUCCACGCAGUUAUUACAAAUGUACACAUCCUAAUUGUGAAGUGAAAAAGCUAUUUGAGCGAUCUCAUGAUGGACAGAUUACGGAAAUAAUAUACAAAGGUACACAUGAUCAUCCUAAACCUCAACCUAGCCGCCGGUAUUCUUCUGGAAAUACCAUGUCUGUACAAGAGGAAAGAUUUGACAAGGUGCCACCUUUGACUGGUAGAGAUGACAAGUCAUCCAACAUGUAUGGCCAGAUGGCUCAUAGUAUUGAACCAAAUAAUACAGCAGAUUCAUCUCCGGUCACAGCUAAUGAUGAUAAUGUGGAUGAUGUUGAUGAUGAUGAUCCUUUCUCAAAGCGAAGGAAGAUGGAUGGGGGGAUUGAUAUCAUUCCUGUGGUGAAGCCUAUCCGGGAACCACGUGUUGUUGUACAGACUUUGAGUGAAGUUGAUAUCCUUGAUGAUGGGUAUCGAUGGCGCAAGUAUGGGCAAAAAGUAGUGAGAGGAAAUCCUAAUCCUAGGAGUUAUUAUAAGUGCACAAGUGCUGGUUGCCCUGUUAGAAAACACAUUGAGAGGGCGUCUCAUGAUCCGAAAGCAGUUAUAACCACGUAUGAGGGAAAACACAAUCACGAUGUACCUACUGCAAAGACCAGUAGCCAUGAUAUAGCCGGACCAGUAACUGUAAAUGCACUAUCAAGGAUUAGAUCAGAAGAAAAUGAUGCCAUUAGCCUUGAUCUUGGUGUUGGGAUUAGCCCUGCUCCCGAGAAUAGUUCGAACGAGCAUCAGCAAUUGCAUUCUGAACUGCUCCAAAGCCACCAUCAGACUGGUGGUUCUAGUUUCAAACUACAUCAAGUGACUCCAAUGACAGCAUACUAUGGUGUUCCUAAUGGUGGCAUGAACCAGUAUGGAUCUAGAGAAGCUCCGAGUGAAGGUCGCACUGUUGACAUUACACCACUAAAUCAUUCUUAUGCAUAUUCACAGACCAUGGGAAGAAUACUAACAGGUCCAUAAAUCUGUUAACAAUGAAGGUGACAAGCAAUAAAACAUGAACAGUAUUUCUUUUUUCCAUCUUUUUGGCUGGUAAAAGAGAAGUAGAAAUAUUAUUCUGAAAAUGUCUUGUUCUCUCUCUCUCCCUAUAUAUAUAAAUAUUGGUUUACUGUCUGAGCUGAUCUUGUUAACUGGCGUACAAACUACCUUCUGCUGCAAAUCAGUCAUUGUAUUAACUUUGGUGUUUGUACUAAUGUGGAACUGGUAUAUGUAUUAUUUUCUUACAGAGAAGUGUUGUAAAACAAGUUCUUGAAAUGGAAAUUGUAAGAAACAUGUUUUUCCA